GUUAAUGGAAUCCCUGUUACACCCACCAUCCUGUUAUGAAGGUUUACAAGCUUUUACACAUUUAGUCUAGACGCAAUGCUCCACUAUCAACCAGCAUAGCUGUUUUUCAGGUCAUAGCCACAACAUCUGUCAUUGGAUCAACCUUAGUCUCUUUGGCUCCAGCCAUGCUCUCCUUUUCAACCCCACCCCUUCUCUACCUGAGUCUCCUCCUCUUUCUGUCGUAUCACUCCCCUGUUCUCUCCUGUCGGACUGGGACGCGCAGUCAGUGUGAGUCCGCUCCCUUCGCACCAGGCCACAACCUGGUGGGGGAGGGCUUUGAUGUGGUUACCCUGCGGCGUAAAGGAGCCUACAUGGUUGACGUGAGGACCUUUCUCACCCCAAAUGGUACCUGUACACUCUGCUCGAACCCUCUACAAGGCAACAGGCUGCAGAAACUGCCUGUCUCUGCAGUGGACUGGCGUGCAUUCAGCCGCUGCCAAACCAAUCUCUACAGCAGCAUGCACACCUCUGUCAGCUCACUGGUUCGCACAUACGCCUACCAGGACAGUUACGACUGGAAGUUUGGACUAGAUUUUAAGAAGUUUCUCAACCUGGAAGUGGGUGGAACACGUUCCACUGCAUAUACCUUUUCUACAGCCAGGACCCAACAGGACCGCUACACCUUCAGCACGCACAGGUCCACCUGUACCCAUUACAGUUACCGUGUGUCGACCAGACCGCCCCUCAGCUCUGAGUUCCACAAGGAUUUGUUGAGACUGCCAAGUUACUACAGCUCCUCAACCAGGGCCCAGUACAGACACCUCAUACAGACCUACGGCACUCAUUAUAUCCGCCAGGUUUAUCUUGGGGGGCGAUUCAGGCGAGUCACAGCUACACGUACCUGUUUGUCCUCACUGAAUGGCCUCUCCUCAUCCGAGGCACACUCUUGCUUAUCACUGGGUCUAAAUGUCGGCCUGGGAAAGAUCAGACUGUCCACUAAUCACAAGACCUGCAGCAAGGUCCUACAGAACCAGGAUGUCUCCACCUCUUACAGCUCUGGUCUCCACCAACACUACACUGAGGUGGUAGGAGGCCAAGGUUGGGUGGGGGAGUUUUCACUCACCCGCAACGACUCCCUGGGCUACCGAAAUUGGCUGAAAUCCCUCAAGGAUCACCCCGAUGUUGUUCACUAUUCCCUAAGACCAAUGUAUGAGCUGGUGCCAUACUUGACACGGAAAAUAGGACUGAAGGCUGCCAUAGAGCAGUACUUAAAAGAAAACGCCAUACAGACCACUUCCAGACAACCAUACUGUGGCUAUAAUUACCCCAACCUGGCCUCCAACUGCUGUCCUAAACAGGCCUGGAAGGGAACUCUGGUGGUGACCAUCGUCCGAGCCUGGCGUCUGAAAGGAGAUAGAUGGGGCAAGACUGAGGCAUAUGCUAAGAUGUGGUACGGUUCCAUCUACCACAAGACUCGUAUGAUCAGGUCAAACGACCCUCGCUGGAAUGCUCGUUAUUAUCUGGGCAAGGUGGACACACACUUGGGUCUUAAGAUUGAAGUCUGGGAUGAAGACUGGGGCAGAGAUGACCGCCUGGGAUCCUGUGUGAAGUACCUGCGUCAGGGGACACACAGAUACACCUGCCCGGCCAAGCGAGGCGGCGUUGAGAUCCUGUACACUCUGACCUGCGACCGUCACCUAACUGGAGACAGGUGUAACCAGUACAGACCAUCACCAUACUGAGGAAUGCAUUCUGGGUGUCACUGGGUGUGAUUACUUUCUUUAAAUGCAAUAACAGUCACACAGUACUCUAACAUACAGGUUGUAAAAUGCUGUCACACUAUUCAGUUUAGGUUUGGGAAUAUAUAAAUCAGUAAUAGCUCACCACUCUAAGUGACAUAUAUUCUGCUUUGAUUGUUUUACUCAACAGUUGUAGUUUGGUGUUAACCAAUGUAGAAGCAACUUCUCACUGGGAAAGAUAGUAGUCCUGUUUGAUCUUGUUUUGAAUGUUGCGGGUGGGUCCACA